AUGGCCACCGAAGCCCGCGACUCCGCAAUUCGCGAAGCAAAACUCUACGUCCGCGAAAUCGUCCGCAACGACUGGACCUUCAAGCCCUCCACCGACGCGGGCGCACCUGCAUCCGCAACCCCCACGCCACCGGAGCAAGAAGUCACAGCAUGGCGACUGCGCACAUACGACAGCUCCGCGUCGGAGCUGGAGCCGCUUUCUUCGCCUACGAUUACCAGUCCGCCUAGCGGGUAUGACUCUGCACAGAUUGAGAGUCCUGUUUUGUCGCCGGCGGGGGACGAGAGGGCCGAGCGGAGGCGCAAGCGGCGCAGGCAGAUGGAGGAGGAGAUGCAAUGGAAUGAGGGGCUGAGGACUUGGGUGGAACGGCGGGAUGCAUGGACCUGCGCAAAAUCGAGGGAGGAGAUUGUUGCGAGGAGGCAGCUGAAGCAAGCGCAGGCUCAGGCGGAGGCGACUACCAUUAACGAGGAGACACGCGACCAGGGUGCGUCUUCUGGGUCUGCCUUUUCGAGGCCGGCUUCGUCUUCUUCGCAGGAUGAGGUGAAUCUCGUGACGAGGACCGAGGCCUCACUUUCUGUUGCGGAGAAGGAGGAAUCGGGUCCGUCGUCGGUAUCUGCCCAGCCCCAGCAUGGUGAAGAUCAGAAGGAGUCUACUGAGACGGGGGCCACAGAGCCGGAGAUUGCUCUGGUGGCAGAUGAUGCUAUGGACAUCGUCGCAAAUGCAGCGACGCCCGCUCCUGCGCCCGCCACCGCUGCAGCCACCGCGACAGCCUCUAAAAAGGCUCACCAGGGUUCUGAAGACCCCUACGUACCCGUCGUACCCUCGCUGAUCUCCGCCUCUAACCCUAUUCGAGCCUCAAUUACACCUUCUAUGUACCCCUCCAUCUACUCAAAGGUUGUCGUGCAGGGCCUAACCCCCACGGUCCCGAUCAACCUGGCCGACGUUACGAAGGCAAUGGUCCAAGGCUGGAAAGCAGACGGCCAAUGGCCGCCCAAACCAGCUACCACCAAUCUCGUGCUCCAAGAUACCGCGACGGUGCCCAAGACCGCCGAGGACGGACAACCGUCAUCUCCAGAAUCAAAGAGAAGAUCAGGUGUCGUCGGCGCGGUCCGCAAGGUACUACAUUUCUCGGGGUUCCACCCGCACCCUUUCCAUCGACGCUCAAGUCAUAGCGCUCAAGGGGAAGUGAACGGUGCUGUGAGCACCGAGAAUGCAGGGAAGAAGAUUUGA